CCAAUUCGAAUGAAACAAAAACGAGCGAUUCGACUUCUGGUACCUGAUCGUCCAUUACGGGCGGGAUGUAAGGAAUUGGUGGAAUUGUCAUUGCGGAUCCCCAAUGCUGUGCAGAUUUUGGAAUCGAAUGCGGUUUUUGAGGGUGUAUGCCGUGCAACAUUUUCCGGACAAGACUCCCAACACACCCUGAUUAAGGAGCAACUUCACAUUCCAUUUACCGCCAUUCAACUUCCAACAACUAAAGGUAUCGAUGUGAUUCCAGAAGGUCAUCACAGGCUCCCAAUAUUUCUGAACGUUCCUCAUCACAUGCCAGGAACAUUCAACGGGAAAUUUGGAGCAAUUGUGUAUAGGUUUUUGAUCAAACUGAAAGUGAAAAGAUUCUCAUCGGGCGACGAGGGAACUAUAGAGUGUGAGAAAGCUGUUGAUGUGUUGGGAAGGAUUUCGUUGGAGCAGCAACCAUCGUUUGCUCAGCCCGUAUCUAUUGAUAGGCAUGUUAAGAAGAAGGCAUUCUUCAUGAAUCGUCUGGAAGCUCACAUCAAGUUUGAAAUCGAACGAGCUGCGUAUUCAGUUGGGGAUCAUAUUCUGGUAACCGGAGAGAUCAAGAAUGAGCAUUUGAGCAAUCCUAUCAAACACGUCGCCUUGGAGCUCCGGCAGCAUAUUUUAUACGCCAGUGGUGAUGCUCAGAGGAGCGACACUCGUCUCAUCACCCGACUGAUUCUUGGCUCCGUGCCUCCGACAGAAACAUUCGCAGUGUUUCACUCUUUUCAAGUACCAUUCGAUUGUUACCCAUCACUUGUUUGGAAUGGGAACCCUGUUCAGGUAACCUACGAGCUUUUGCUUACCAACUCGGGAUGCUUUGAAAUUGGAACACCAGUCUUCUUGGGUAACUACGGAUCACCUAACUCAACUAGGAGAUCUAUUAUGUACCCCGAAUCCACGUCUGGAGAAGCUCCACCAUCAACCACCUACUACUGCGUCCCCCCAAGCGAGAUGAGCUUCACCGUCGACCCACCGCCCUACUCAACGUUCGGCGCAAAAACCGACCCCGUCUUCAUCCCAAUCCACAUGCUCAAGACCCCGUACCGCCCGUUUGCUCCGGCCUAUCACAUGUUCCGUAACCACGGACCACCGAAAUAUGAUUUCAAUUCGAAUCAGAGAAUGAUGGCCGAGUCACCACCGCCGCAGCGGUUCUUGAAGAUUGAGGAGAUCGAAUGAUCAAUUUUUUUAAAAAAUUUUUAAGAAAACAAGUGCAAAUUAUAUAAACUUUUAUGAGCAAUUUUGUGACAAUAUUUUUUGUUUGAAAUGUUUGAAAGACAAUAAAACUGAUUUUUG